CACUUCCGCGGUUUCGCGGUCGUGACCCCGGAAGUGUUGUGUCGGCGGAGACCCGCUGAAGGCAAAAGCGGCAGCCCGUGGAAGUGAGCGCGGCCGAUAUGAGAAGCUAAGCGGCUGAGGCGCCGCUGAUUGGUUUGGGCCCACAUAAUCCCAAAAAGAAGCAAGAUCUGGAUAAGCUCUAUGAUCUCAAGGCUAAAGCUCAGCAGAUUAUGAGCCAGUUUGGUCCAUCUACCUUGAUCAACUUAUCAAACUUUUCUUCAAUCAAACCAGAACCAGGCAAUACUCCUCCUCAUAGUUCCAUGGCAAACAAUACCUCUGUGGCGAAGAUGCCUGGGACCCCUAGCAGUGGGGGGCGCCUCAGUCCUGAAAGCAAUCAGAUAUUAACAAAGAAGAAAUUGCAGGAUCUGGUUAGAGAAGUGGAUCCAAACGAGCAACUGGAUGAAGAUGUGGAGGAGAUGUUGCUGCAGAUUGCUGACGAUUUCAUUGAAAGUGUGGUGACCGCCGCCUGCCAGCUUGCACGGCAUCGCAAGUCUAACACUUUGGAAGUAAAGGAUGUCCAGUUGCAUCUUGAGCGCCAGUGGAAUAUGUGGAUCCCAGGUUUUGGUUCUGAAGAAAUCAGGCCGUAUAAAAAAGCCUGCACUACAGAAGCUCACAAACAGAGAAUGGCACUGAUCCGCAAAACAACCAAGAAAUAACUCUGGGAAAAGACAGAGAAAUUAAAAGGAAAAAAAAAGGCUCUUCUAAGAGAAAAAAAAAUCUGCCUCUGAAGCUGUGGAGUAUCCUUGAGGUCAUCUAUGGGAUAAUUUUUUUUUGGAAUGCUUCACAGAGAAGCAUAUAUUUUAACAGUGCAGCAAUAAGGGGUUAUUAGAGGAGAUCUGCCACACAUCCAUAGGUCUCCUCACAUCUAUUCCCCCAGAGGAACGUAUCUUGAAGCAUAGACUUUUAUUUUCCUCCUCGUUAAGUGAUAUAUGGUGUCCAUGAUUGUCCAAGGGAUAAAAUAUUUUGCUAUUUUUGAGAACAGUAUUAGAAGUGGCCAUAGAUGUUUUUCAUUUCCCUCCAACUUGUCAUGUUGCUAUUGAUGGUAUUUGGAUUUCUUUCAGAAAAUGAAUUAUGGAUCUCAAAAGCAGGCCACAGUAUUGACAGGAGUUUCAGAGUGCCAUCCGGGUGGAGACAGCAGUAGGCUGAUUAUUGCAAGCAGUUCAAAGCAAAUUUCUUUCCUUUUUAUUUAACGCUCAAGAUGGCGCAGGGACAAAGUUGAACUCUUUUUGUAUCGCAGGUCCUUUUUAUCUCAAAGAAUGCAAUAGAAACAGACAUGAACUACAAACCAGGAAACAGUCUGCAGGCAUGGUUCAACUGCAUUACUGUUCCCAAGAUAGUCUCUGACAAGUGGCUCUGGAGUGGGAUAGCUCACCCUUAGCAUCCAGAAGUGUUGGUACAAUUUGUGGCUUGUUCUUUCUUUCCCGUAACUGAGUAAAAGAUACCUUUUGAUAGGUUGCUGGCACUUUCUUCCCACAAAUGAUCUGAAUUCCAAAAGCACACUUGAAAACCAGCAUUUUACUGGUGCAGAAGUAAUGGCUGGCUCAGAUAUCGGUGCAUUGUGAAAGCUGUUACUAUUUCUGGAGGAGAAGGUUGUUUCUGAAGCCUUCUGCUGGCAGAAAACUUAGAUCCUCCCUCCCUACUUCACACUUGAUAAGCUACAUUGGAGCAGCAGAGGGGGUGCUUGGUCCACACUUUGAAAUGAGGAAACAACCAUUGAUGUGGGUUCCCCAUCACUGUUACCUUUUGUUCAAUAUAUAAGUUCUGACUGCAUCAGCUUUGCGUUGAGCCAUCCAACAGUGACUUUAAAGAAGGAUUUGUGUAAGUUUCCACUAGUUGAAAAUGUAACAAUAAACAAAUACCAUAUGUA